CUUCGGCUCGUCCCGGCUCGGCUCGCGCCACCGCUCCUCCGCCACAGGUUCAACAGUGUGACCACUCUCUUGAUUCAUAUACUUACAGCAAAGCCUUCAUCUCUCUCAUGGAUUAUAGAUCUAAAUUGAUGGCUUCAGUAACAGAUGCCAGAUUCAGGCAGAAAGAUACUUCAGACCAAAAUUUUGAUUACAUGUUCAAGCUCCUGAUCAUUGGCAACAGCAGUGUGGGUAAAACAUCCUUCCUCUUCCGAUACGCCGACGACACCUUCACUCCAGCCUUCGUCAGCACGGUGGGAAUCGACUUCAAGGUGAAAACAGUUUACAGGAAUGACAAGAGGGUGAAGCUGCAGAUUUGGGAUACAGCUGGACAGGAAAGAUACAGGACCAUCACUACAGCCUACUACAGAGGAGCCAUGGGCUUUGUCCUCAUGUAUGAUAUCACCAGUGAAGACUCCUUCAAUGCUGUGCAGGACUGGGCCACACAAAUCAAGACUUACUCCUGGGACAAUGCACAAGUGAUCCUGGUUGGAAACAAAUGUGACAUGGAGGAUGACAGGAUUGUUCCUGUGGAGAAGGGGAAACAUCUGGCAGAUCAGCUGGGUUUUGACUAUUUUGAAGCCAGUGCCAAAGAAAACAUCAACGUGAGGCAGGUGUUUGAGCGUCUCGUGGAUAUAAUUUGUGAGAAGAUGUCGGAGAGCAUAGAAUCAGACAAUUCCAGGGGCACUUCUGGAAGGAGCAUGAGGCUCACAGACAACCCCCCUGCCUCACAGCAGAACUGCUCAUGCUAGUGACCUUUCACACUGAGAAAUGUCCUUCUCCCCUGAUUAAAUUUUAUCUUUCCAUUUGUGCUGGUGCAUUAUCAUGUAGUCCAGAGGCAGAAGUGUCUGUUGUAGGAAACUGGUAUGUUUGUUUAAUGUGCUGGAGUGUUAAUAUAUAUUUCCUCAUCCAAUUCUUUAUUAAUCUGAAAAAAUAUUGUCAGUGCACCUCGUGUGAAUGUGAGUUACACUGAAGAAUAAUAAUUGUGUAGUGAUGGAAAUGUUAUUUCUACAGAGAAUGUUGCAUUUUUAAAUUACAAAUUCUUCUAUUGCAGAAAGAGUGUUUUUGUCAAGAACAGCAGGAAGGACAAAAACCAAUUAGAAGGGAUCAGGUCUAAGAGAAGAAAGGGAAAACUCUUAUAAAGCAAGAAUAUGCUUUUUUAAAAACAGAAAAGAAACAAACAAACAAAAUCCCCAGAUAUUUUGAGAAUCACUGCUGUCCUCCAGACAUGGAGCUCAGUUUUUCUGUAGGAUGGAGCAGCAAGCAGAGCAUUUCUGUCUGACAGUGUGAGGUCCUCCAGAGUGUGAAGAGGAAGGGGGUUGGAUUUUGUGUCAAAUCUCUAAACAGAUGAAGAACACAGGGAGGAAUCAAAGCUGCCAGGCUGGGGAGGAGGAGGAAGAGCAGCUAUCCCUGAAUUUCCUUCCUGUGCUUUGGCUGGUGUUAAGUGAAGAGCCCUUCCAGGGGCUGCCCUUGCCUCCAAACUCCUCCAACACAGCUUGCAGAGUGCUGGGGAUGUUGUGUUGUGUUGUUAAUCCUCUCUCCCCAGAAUCUGUCCUGCAGCCUUUCCCCUGUAUCCUGUAGUUUUACCUCUCCAGGUCUGGAUCUUCUCUUUUCAGCUGCUUGCUGGUGGAUGUGUCACAGGAAGAAGGAAAAGGGAACUUGGCUGCUGAAUGCUUAGUUGGAGGCAAAAACAUAUAAGAAAUGGAAAAGCACUGUCUCAGAGAGAGAAAAAUAUCAGAAACCAAACUGUGAGUGUUGGCAGGUAUUUGUGCCAAUAUUAUUACAUUUUCUUUCUGCUUUUUGUUGUUGAUUUAUUUUUUUAAUCUUGUUCUAGAUGGGCGUGUGGGGAGGUUAGAUUUUCUGGGUUCAGAUUCAACCACAAAGUAUAAUUUAAGAAAAGUAACAGUGAGUAAUAAAACACAACUGCAAAUGAAACAUGGCAAAGACAUCCAGGUAUUCUGUGAAUUUUUGUGGCAUCAUGCUUUGAAGGGAGGCAAAAUCUUUCAACUAAGUGGAUAUGGAGAGAAGUUUGCUGUCCUAGGGGGAAAAUUCUGGAAAGUUUUAUGGCUUAACUUUGACCUGAGUGCCUGCCCACUGCCCUGUAAUGUGCUGGAUCAUGACACCAGUGAGUGCUUUUGUAAUUUCCUUCUGUUGUGUCUCAAAGUGUAAUAGCUCUGAGAAGAAAAGCACAAAAUUCUGGACAAAAAUGCAACUCUUGGGGUGGUUUGAGCUCAUUGUGCUAAAAGCUUGAUCCCUCUGUUUGUCACUUUUGGAAAUCUCCACUGUGCCGUGUUUGGGUGUGUGUGAUCUCGUCCUGAGAGUGUGAUUUGUGCAGUGCUGGGACUGUGGUUGUUGUAUCUAAACCCCUGAAACUGCAAAAUAAAGAGAAAUGUCCUCACUGGGUGUGGCCAGA